AUGCAUCACUCCUAUGCUCUGCUAAUUGCAUUUACCUCCCUUGCUAUCGCUCAGACACGGUCAUCUAAACGUGGGCUGAUAUAUAUUCCGAAGCCUGCCAAUCCGGCAGAUGAUCAAGUAUGGGUUCGGUCAGGAUCUGAUCUGACUUGGUACUACAAUUAUGAGUCGGAGCCGUCAUCUGCCUUUAAUGACAUACCCCAAGACCAGUUCGAAUUUGUCCCCAUGCUUUGGGGCGCUAUCGACGACACUUCCUUCCUCGAAUCUGUUGAGAGCCAGAUCGACUCCGGUCGUAAGAUUACGCACGUCCUCAGUUUCAACGAACCUGAUUCCCAGUACGAUGGCGGUAGUAAUGUUGAUCCCUCGAAAGCCGCAGAUGUGUGGGUAAAGAAUAUAGAGCCUCUCGCUGAUAAGGGGGUGAAACUGGGAUUGCCGUCCUGCACUGGGGGUUGGGGAGGAAUACCGUGGCUCGAACAGUUUCUCGGGAAUUGCUCUGAACUAAUUAGCACCGAAGAUGAUAAAAAGAACUGUACGUACGACUUCGUGAACAUACAUUGGUAUGGGAACUUUGAAGGGCUGGCGAGUCAUAUGGGCUCUUAUGCUGCUGCAUUUCCAAAUAUAACUCAAUGGAUUACCGAGUACAAUUUCGACAACCAAGACCUCGCCACGACCCAGGCGUUCUACAACACAUCAUCCGAGUAUUUUGAUCGUGUGGAUUUCGUCGGCCGUUACAGUUUAUUUGGCUCUUUCCGGUCUAGCGAUAGUAACGUUGGUCCUAAUGCCGCCAUGUUAAACAACGACGGACAGCUUACAGAUAUCGGCUCGUGGUAUUUGGGUAUGAGUAGCACGAACGUCGACCCUCAGUCGGGAGCAGGGAGAACUCAUAUAACCGUGGCAAGUGCUGUGGUUUUUAUAUUGGCCGGCGGGAUUUCCUUUAUACUGUAA